UUUGAAUAUUAAUUUUGUACAAUAUUGAACGAAUUAAUUGUAAAAAAUAAAUAUUAAUUGUAAAAUUAUAUUUGGAUAUAAUUUUAAAUAGUAUUGGAAAAACAUGGAAGGUGGUGAGGAAACAGAACCUCCGCCUGGAGGCGGUGAAGAAGGGCUUGAAGGUACAGCACCUGAUGGACAGAGAAAGUCUGUCGAGAUUACUGAGGACGAAGGUGCUGACCAUGCCGCUAUGGUCGACGAUGUGUCCAAACAAUUGGCCAAGAAGGCGUCUUCUAUUCGAAAAAUGUCGCUUACCGAUGGCGAACGUGUCGAAGUUGAUAAGGCUGCCCUGGAAGCCAUACUUGAUCUCAGUUCGCGAAUAGCGGGAAUUCAGAGGAGGAGCAGAUUGUCUAUGAGCACAUUGGCGUUGGGUCACGAGUCUUAUAAAGACAAGCAAGCCAAAGCUAAAGAUGCACGGAAUAAUCGUAUCGGUGGUCUCAAACAACAACACAGAUAUUUACUAGAGAAUGCUGCUGCGAUAUUAAAUAAACCCCAAGAAUACGUCUUGGAAGGUGUAUAUGAUUCAGAUGUGCACAUUGAGCUUUUAGACAGCGCGAUCGCGGAAGGUGGAAGACAUUGUGUGGUUUUGUGUGACGCCAUGCUGCCCCCUGUAAAAAUGGAAUCCGGUCGCUUUGUUCCCAAUCAGAAGGGUAAAAUGGAAAGGACGUAUUUAUCCGAUGCGUCCACUAUCGGCACUGAGGGAAAGUGUGUUGCCAUGUACAGGUUCAAAACCAAAGCUAUUGAUGCAAGGAAUAUUGGCGAUGAUUAUUACUUCGUGGUAUUCGAUAUAAAUCCAGAAAGCGCGAAUGUUGUAUCAGGCAUAUACAACACCAUGACUCGUGUUUAUAUGCCAGCUCUCAAUUCGUGCCAAGGAUGGGGCGAUAUCAACCCACCUAAUCCUAACAGCAAGGAUAUAAUAAAGACAUAUAUUUCCAAGAUCAUGCUGUUUAAUGAUUAUCUUGCAAAAACAAAAGUAGAUUUGGACUGCUGUACAAGAUUUAAAAUUAAUCUCGCAUUGUAUGAGGAUGAAUUAAAAGAUGAAGAGAAAAUGAAAGCUGCCAUCACUAAAACUGCUGUGCUGGAAGAAAUAUGCUCCUACGUUAAGCAAUGGAUCAGGCAGAUAACUAUGGUUCUAGUACAAAGUCAACAACUACGUCGGGAGCCCUCCAACAUAGGUCCAUUAGCUGAGCUGGACCAUUGGAGGCGACAGCUCACGACCUUCACGUCUAUCAUAGAGCACAUCAAGAGCGAACCCACUAUGAUGUACAUACACACGCUGAUACGGGCUAAAUCGAAACUUUUGAAGAAAUGGCGCCAAUUGGAUAAUCUAGUCACUGAUUAUUAUAAUGAAGCUUUUGAUAAUGUGAAAUAUUUAUAUGCUUUGGAGAAAUAUUGUGAACCGUUGUACAGAUGCGAUCCUUCAACCACCCAACAAUACAUUCCUGGCCUGUUAUACACAAUUCGUAUGAUAUUCGCCACGUCCCGAUACUAUAACACUACAAAACAAAUAUCUACGUUGUUGGUCAAAAUCACCAAUCAAAUUCUAAACAUGUGUAUGGAUUACCUUACGAAUAAUGGAAAGAAGAACAUUUGGAACCAGGAUAAGAUCAAUUUUAUGUACAAAGCUAAACUGUGCUUGAGUUUAUAUUACUUCUACCGAGAAUGCUACAAUGAGACACAGAAAGAAAUGAUGGAGGCAGCCGACGAACGACCUUUUGACUGUUCCGAAAUGUAUAUCUUCGGAAAGUUUGAGACUUUCAGGAAACGAUUGCAAAAAAUAAUAGAUUUAUUCCACACAUACAUUACGUAUUAUGUAUUAAAUAAAACUACUUUGGAAGGCAUAGAGGAAUUUGCUACAAAUUUUAAUAAACUAUUCAAGACAAUUUCUACGAAAACCUAUGACGCUUUGGAUCACAGGCGUCCAGAUUUUGAUAAGGACUACAAAAUAUACAAAGACCACGUGGCAAAUCAAGAAUUAUUGCUUGAAAACUUUAUGAUUAAUAGCGUCAACAAAUGCCCAACCACAGAAAUUGCGUUGCAUCUUCUAACACGAUUUGAGAAACUGAAAUUAGAUUGUUUGUAUCUAGAAGAUCAGUAUUAUGAUUUGAUCAGCACUUACACGGCUGAAAUAGAAGCUUUACGGGACAGGUAUAAUGAAGAAAAGGAACAGCCUGAAUUGCCAAGAAAUAUGCCGCCAGUCGCCGGCAGAGUUAUGUGGAUAAGGUUCUACGAUAAGAACAUUAACAUGCCUAUGGAUGUUUUUAAGAAGCACCAUGAAGUUAUUACACACAUGAAUACGCAGCGGUGUAUCAAAUUAUACAAUGUCCUAACGAUUGUCUUUACCGAAUUCGAAUUGAUUUAUCACUACGCCUGGGCCGAAAAUGUUGGACAGGUUCGAUUAGGUCUGAUUGCUCCACUGCUGCUUCGGAAUCCAGCAACAAAUAUGUAUAUCAUAAACUUCAGUAUUUACAUACCGGAGUGCAUUCGGGAAGUGGAGUACAUGUGGCAGUUGGGACUGCGUGUCCCUGACGGAGCUCAAAUCAUUGCAUUUUGUAAGGAUAAGAUCCUUGGCAACUAUGAGAGGAUCAAAUAUUUGGUGGACAGAAAUAACCAAAUUCGAAUGAGCAUGCCGAAGCUCUACCAACCAUUAUUACGUGCACAACUGAUAAAACUCGAGACUGCUUUCCAGCCAGGCUUUUCCACAAUAACAUGGACAUCCCUAGAAAUACCCUCUUAUUGCGAAAAUAUUGAGAAAGUUUUAACGGAAGUAGACUUGUUUGUCAAGGAGGUGGUAGACAUGAAGGAAGCUCGCAUAGAUGCGAUUUUGGCAUCAAUAACCAAAACAUUGCUGGUUUAUUUGCCUGAAGAGGCUGUGGACCCUGCACACUUUUAUGAGGAAAAUCUCCAGAGACGCGAUGAAAUAGCAUUGGAGCUUCAACAGAAGUCUUGGAAUGCUGAAAUCGCUGUAAUAGAACUGAUACAUAAGUUUUUAGACAGUGUUCCGUCUAAACAAAUACAGGCUUUGAAGAAUAACUGGUUGGACAUAGAAAAAGCUUUGAAGCAAGUUACUUCAGCUACUCGAAUAACUUCUGAAGACACAGUGUUUAUGGAGAUAGAAAACCCUGACCGUUACGAUGUGGUGCCAGUAGUCAACGAAUGUAAUGAACUGUUUGCUUACUUUGCAACGAAAUGUGUGGAAGCACUCAUUAAGUGCACUCGACAAAGUCUUGAUAUUUUGAGAAGAAGAGCUUCUGUUUCAAGCUUUUUAACAAUGACCACCGACCCAGCUGAGCAGAAAAAGUUGCGACCACUGAUGUUGACUAACAUGUACUUGCAAAUACCUAAAAUAUCGAUAAAGCCUACUUUGGAUGAAAUACAAACUUCAUUCUCACAGGUGGUCCUAAAUUGCAUAAUGGAUAUCCAUCGCUACGUGUUCAUGUGGGGGCAACAGGAACAAAUUAAAAAGGAACAGUUGGGCGGUGUUUCGUUGUCAACCCAAGUACGAUCUACUACCGGAAGUAGAUCGGGGUCCAACAUAAGUGGUAUUAGAAGCUACUUCCGAAUGGUAUCGGAACAUAAAGAUAUAGUCAGGUCCGUGAUGGCGUUGCAAGGGAUGAUGUAUAUGUACAAACCAGAUAUUGAAAAGCUGCUAACGAGCUACGGAAGAUUUUCCCACCUAUGGGCAGAAGAUAGGGUGAAUCAAGUACAAGAAUUUGUAGAUUCGAAUCCCUUGAAUGUCAUAGUAAAAGAUAUGCUCAACAAGUACGAGGGUCAGACGGAGGAAGUUCUAAAUUUGCCUAAUCGACAUGUCAUCGGGUCUAUACAGAUUAAUAUGGGACACAUAAAAUUGGCGUUACACUUGGAGUCGAUCGAAUGGAAGAGGAUUCUGGGUAAACUGCUCUGUCACGCUUAUAAAGAUCGCGUGAUCAAGUUGAUGCAGUUCAUCAAUGAUCGCAUGAAGACUAUGGGCAAGAAAAUAAAGGAUUUGGAUGACGUCAGAGUUGCCAUGUUGUGUCUUGAGCUUAUUAGGGAAGAAUUUAUAGGCAUGGAUAUGGAACUGGAUCUCAUUGAAGAGAGCUACGGCACUUUCCACCAGUUUAGUAUCGACGUGCCUAAAGAGGACGCCGAUAUGGUGUAUGGACUGCGAUACGCUUUCCAGAAUAUGCUUCUGACUUCUCAGCAAGUACAGCAAAGAAUUGUGGACAUGCAAGGUCCACUGCAAUCAGAGUUAACUGAAGGUGUAGCCACUUUCUUGGAAGACGUGCUCAAGUUUGACGCUGACUUUGACGCGUUUGGACCCUUGACUCCCGGUCUAACUGCUAGAGAAGCUAGUGACAGGGUAAUAAUGUUCCAAUCACGAUUUGACGAACUCUGGCGAAGGUUUGAGAUGUACUCCAGCGGUGAAAAGCUGUUUGGAAUGGAAGUACAGGAUUAUCCGAUACUGCACCAGAAAAAGAAGGAGUUCAAUUUAUUGGGCAAAUUGUACAGCUUGUAUUUGGCCGUGAUGAACUCAAUCGACGGCUAUUUCGAAACCCCGUGGGUCGAGAUACAAAUUGAACAAAUAGUUGCACAGUUGGCAGAAUUUGAUCUCAGAUGUCGAAAACUACCAAAAGGCAUGAAAGAUUGGCCAGCUUUCAUUGAAUUGAAGAACAAAAUCGAUGAUUUCAAUCAAACUUGUCCGUUAUUGGAACUGAUGGCUGACAAAUCUAUGAAGGACAGGCAUUGGAGGCGACUGGAAAAACUGAUGAAUUGCGUAUUGGACGUGGAAUCGGAAGCAUUUACUUUGGCGAACGUUAUGGAAGCACCACUACUGAAAAAUAAAGAAGAUGUGGAGGAUAUUUGCAUUAGUGCGGUGAAAGAGAAGGACAUUGAAGCUAAAUUGAAACAAGUGACGAUGGACUGGGCUCUGAUUGAUUUACAAUUCGCCAACUUUAAGAAUCGAGGGGAGCUCCUUAUUAAGGCACAGGACACGUUGGACAUCAUCACCUUGCUUGAAGACUCUUUGAUGAUCCUCAACUCUUUAGCUUCUAAUAGGUACAACGCACCAUUUAAGAAAGACAUCUUGCUCUGGAUAAACAAACUGGUGAAUACUAGUGAGAUUUUGGAGAAGUGGCUUCAGGUUCAGAAUCUAUGGAUGUAUCUGGAGGCAGUGUUUGUGGGCGGCGAUAUCGCCAAGCAACUGCCGGCGGAAGCCAAGAGAUUUGCGGGAAUCGACAAAACUUACGUGAAAAUCAUGUAUCGAGCGCGUGACAUAGUGAACUGUGUCGAGACAUGCACUUCGGACGACACAUUGAAGCAACUCCUGCCGCAUUUAUAUGACCAGCUUGAAGCUUGCCAGAAGUCCCUGACUGGUUACUUGGAGACCAAGCGUCUCAUCUUCCCCAGGUUCUUCUUCGUCUCCGAUCCUGUGUUGCUGGAGAUCCUUGGACAGGCUUCCGAUCCUCAUUCUAUACAGGGUCACUUGCCGAGUAUAUUCGACGCGAUCUACACAGUCGAUUUCGACGAUAAGGAGAGAAUCGUCGUGAUGAACUCCAGUAAUGGAGAAUCUAUUCCCCUUGAAAUACCCGUGGCUUGCGUUGGUGGUGUUGAGAUCUGGUUAAAUACUUUGUUGGAUACAAUGAAGAAUACCGUCAAAAAUAUUAUUGCUAACAUUGCACAAACAAUGAUAGGCGAUCCAGAAUUUGAGUUUUUAGUCGGGUUUUGGAAUUUCCCGGGCCAGGCUGGUCUUUUGGGUAUGCAAAUAUUAUGGACAAGCGAUGCAGAAUAUGCCCUGAAAAAAGCAAAGGCAGAUCGUUUCAUCAUGAGACUUACCAAUCAGAAGUUCCUCGAUUUGCUGAACGGUCUUAUUGAUCAGACUAUCACUGAUCUGGCUCCUCUAGACAGAACACAGAUAGAAACUAUGAUCACUAUACAUGUACAUCAAAGGGACAUUUUUGAUGACCUUGUGAAGAUGAGAAUCAAAACGCCAGGGGACUUCGAGUGGCAAAAGCAAGCUCGAUUUUACUACAUCGAGGACACCGAUGACUGUCUAGUUUCUAUCACAGAUGUUGACUUUGUAUAUCAGAACGAAUACCUAGGCAUAACCGAACGUCUGGUAAUCACGCCUCUAACGGAUCGUUGCUACAUCACGCUUUCCCAAGCCAUCGGUAUGAGCAUGGGCGGGGCCCCGGCAGGCCCGGCCGGCACCGGCAAGACGGAGACCACUAAAGACAUGGGCCGCACCCUCGGCAAGCUCGUCAUCGUCUUCAACUGCUCCGACCAGAUGGACUUCCGAGGAUUGGGCCGUAUCUACAAGGGCCUGGCCCAGUCGGGCACUUGGGGCUGCUUCGACGAGUUCAACCGCAUCGAGCUGCCCGUGCUCUCUGUGGCGGCACAGCAGAUCUACAUCUGUCUCACUGCCAGGAGGGAGAAGAGAGAGUUCUUCAUCUUCAGUGAUGGCGACACAGUGAGUUUGAACCCGGAAUUUGCCUUCAUCAUCACCAUGAACCCGGGUUAUGCUGGUCGACAAGAACUGCCUGAAAAUUUGAAGAUUCAGUUCCGUUCCGUGGCCAUGAUGGUCCCGGACAGACAGAUCAUUAUCAGGGUCAAGUUGGCCAGCUGCGGAUUUAAAGAUAACAUUGUAUUAGCGCGCAAGUUCUUCACGUUAUACAAACUAUGCGAAGAGCAGCUGUCAAAGCAAGUGCAUUACGAUUUCGGAUUGCGAAACAUAUUGUCCGUGUUGAGAACUAUGGGAGCACAAAAACGUGCCAAUCCUGAAAAUACUGAGGAGAACAUCAUGAUGAGAGUGUUAAAGGAAAUGAACGUGUCCAAAUUGGUAGAUGAGGACGAACCCUUGUUUAUUUCAUUGAUUGAAGACUUGUUCCCUGGUAUGAAGCUCACUCAAACUGUCCAAAGAGAAAUGCAGCGAGCUAUAGUAUUGGUGGCCGAACGCACUGGGCUAGUCAAUCAUCCAGAUUGGAACUUGAAGAUCAUUCAGUUGUUCGAGACAUCUCUGGUGCGGCAUGGCUUGAUGACGAUGGGUCCCACUGGGUCGGGCAAAACCACAUGUAUACAUACGCUCAUGGCAGCACUUACUGAAAUUGGAAAACCACACAAGGAGAUGAGGAUGAAUCCUAAGGCCAUCACUGCACCGCAAAUGUUCGGCCGUUUAGAUGUCGCUACCAAUGACUGGACCGAUGGUAUAUUCUCUACGCUGUGGCGCAGAGCGUUGAAGGUGAAGAAGACUGACACAACUUGGAUCGUCUUGGACGGUCCCGUGGACGCCGUCUGGAUCGAGAACUUGAACUCGGUGUUGGAUGACAAUAAGACGUUAACCCUGGCCAAUGGUGACCGCAUCACGAUGGCACAGAACAGCAAGUUGGUGUUCGAGCCGGAUAACGUGGACAAUGCCUCUCCAGCCACCGUCAGUCGAAUGGGCAUGGUGUUCUUGUCCUCAUCGGUGCUUAAGUGGCAGCCUAUAUUAGAAGGGUGGUUAAAGAAGCGUCCCCAGAAAGAAGCCGAUUGCUUCCGCCAUGCUUUCAAUAAAGUAUAUGACGAGGUGCAUUCUUAUGUACAGCAGAAACUUGUGGCUAAGAUGAAACUUCUAGAAGCUAUCUACAUCAGACAAUGUAUCGAUGUAUUGAUAGGAUUACUACAAAUUGAAGUACCUGGCGGCAAGGCUCACUCCGACCGUCACCUUGAGCGCCUCUUCAUCUUUGCCAUGAUGUGGUCGUUGGGAGCAGUUCUCGAGCUGGACAUGAGGACCCGGAUGUCCGAGUUCAUGACCAAGCUUCCCGUGAAGAUGGACUGGCCUGGCGCCAAGUCUAAGGAAUGGGUCAUGCCUUUCGAGUACAAUGUUAAUCCCAGCGGACAAUGGGAACAUUGGUCUGAAAGCGUGGAGGACUACAUAUACCCCUCUGAUUCCGUACCUGAGUACGCUUCUAUCCUUGUGCCGAAUAUCGAUAACGUUUGCAUCACGUUCUUGAUCACCACUAUCGCUUCUCAAGACAAGGCGGUGCUACUGAUUGGUGAACAAGGCACCGCAAAGACUGUCAUGUUGAAGAGUUACAUGAUGAAGUACGAUAAUGAGGUCAAACUGUUCAAGAUUAUCAACUUCUCGUCUGCCACUACGCCUAAUAUGUUCCAGCGUAUUAUAGAGUCGUACGUGGAGAAGAGAGUAGGUAUGACGUACGGGCCUCCAGGUGGAAGGGCCAUGACUGUCUUCGUAGACGAUAUUAAUAUGCCCGUCGUCAACGAGUGGGGGGAUCAGGUGACCAACGAAAUAGUCCGACAAAUGAUGGAAUGCGGAGGUUUCUUCUCUCUUGACAAGCCUGGAGACUUCACGACCAUAGCCGAUAUCCAGAUGUUUGGGGCUAUGAUUCAUCCAGGUGGUGGUCGAAACGAUAUCCCGCCACGUCUGAAGAGACAGUUUAACAUUUUCAAUUGUACACUACCCAGCACGAUUUCAAUGGACAAAAUAUUUGAUACAAUCAGCGCAGGAUACUUCUGUAAACAACGCUUCGAUAAGAAAAUAGUGGAAUUUAUGCCCAAACUUGUGCCUGUCACUCGUAUCAUGUGGCAACAAACUAAGAUAAAGAUGUUGCCAACGCCUGCCAAGUUCCACUACGUAUUCAACCUCAGGGAUCUGUCUCGUAUAUGGGAGGGAAUACUAUACAUAAAGCGAGAGGAGAUGUCAACUGUCAAAACUGCACUCAAAUUGUGGUUCCAUGAGUGCUUGCGUGUCAUAUCUGAUAGGUUUACGACAUUCGACGACAAGGAAUGGUUUACGGCAAACUUCUGGAAAACUGCCGCACAGGAGCUAGCUGAGUACCGCAGCGAGUUUCCAGAGGAAGAGACGUUCUUUGUGAACUUCUUGCGAGAGCCUAUUGAGCCUACUGGUGAGGAGGAGGAAGACUUCAGCACUGAUGCUCCCAAAGUAUACGAGGAGUUGCCAUCUUGGGAGUUCGUACUCAAGAAACUCAACACGUUCCAAGAGACUUUCAAUGAGCAAAUAAGAGGAGCUCACCUGGACUUGGUGUUCUUCCACGAUGCAAUGGUUCAUCUGUUCAUCAUAUCUCGAGUUAUUAACACUCCACGUGGCAAUGCUUUGCUCGUGGGUGUCGGCGGAUCCGGCAAACAGAGUUUAACUAAACUAGCAUCGUUUAUCGCCAACUUUUCUUUCUAUCAAAUAACUUUGACAAGGUCAUACAACGUGAACAACUUUAUGGACGACAUAAAAGUUUUGUAUCGUGUCGCCGGGCUCCAGGGCCGUGGUAUCUCCUUCAUCUUCACUGACAACGAUAUCAAAGACGAACAGUUUUUGGAGUUCCUCAACAAUAUCCUCAGUUCGGGAGAAAUCGCCAAUCUCUUCCCAAAAGAAGAAAUGGAUGAAAUAAUGAACGAAUUGACGCCUAUAAUGAAGAAAUAUGCUCCUAGAAGAAUUCCUGUACCAGAUGUGUUGUAUGAAUACUUCAUCAUUCGCUCCAGAGCUAACUUGCACGUGGUUUUAUGUUUUUCACCGGUGGGCGAAAAGUUCAGAAGUCGUGCUCUGAAGUUCCCUGGUCUUAUAUCCGGGUCAACAAUGGACUGGUUCCAGAAAUGGCCGAAAGAAGCCUUAAUCGAAGUGGCACAUCACUUCUUAUGGGAGUUUCAAGUGGUAUGCUCUCAAGACACCAAACAGCAGUUGAUCGAAAUAAUGGGCAUAGUACAAGAUAACGUAGCUGAUACUUGUGUUUCUUACUAUGAAAGAUUCAGGAGACAGACCCACGUCACGCCUAAGUCCUAUCUGUCUUUCCUGGAAGGCUACAAAGUUCUUUACAAAGAAAAACAUGACAGUAUCGCUGAAAUGGCGAGAAGAAUGACUACUGGUCUGGGUAAAUUGGUUGAAGCAGCAGCGAGUGUUGAUGUACUGAAGAAAGAGUUGGAAGUUAAAGAACUGGAAAUAAAGGAAGCUACGGCUAAAGCGGAAGUGGUGCUAGAAGCCGUAGCAGACUCGCAGGCGGCCGCCGAGGUGGUGAAGGCUGAAGUGUUGGAAGUCAAGGAUCGCGCCGUGAAACUCGUCAACGUCAUCGCGGCAGAGACUGCAGUCGCUGAGGACAAACUGGCCGCUGCCAAGCCUGCGCUGGACGCGGCUGAGGCUGCCUUGCUGACUAUCAACGCAGCUGAUAUAGCCACGGUCAGGAAGCUGGGCAAGCCUCCUCAUCUCAUCACGCUUAUUAUGGAUGCUGUCAUCAUACUAUUCAGGAAGAGAAUCGACCCUAUUAAACCGGAUCCCGAAAAACAGUGCUUGACCGCGUCUUGGGCAGAAUCUUUGAAGGUCAUGGCAGACGCGCGAUUCCUGAGUAACUUGAAGAACUAUCCAAAAGAUGAAAUCAAUGCUGAGAUGGUCGACUUGCUGCAACCUUACUUCUCAUUCCCACUAUAUACUUUCGAAGCGGCCAAAAUAGCUUGCGGUAACGUAGCCGGUCUGAUAUCUUGGACCAUCGCGAUGGCUCAGUUUUACUCGGUGAACAAAGAUGUUUUGCCGCUGAAGGCAAACUUGGCGGUGAUGCAGGGCAAGUAUCAGGCGGCCAAGCGCGAGUUGGAAGCGGCUGAGGCCCAGUUAGAGGCCAAGGAGCGUGAAUUAGCCCACGUGCAGCGUCAGUUCGACGAAGCCAUGACGCUAAAGCAAGCAGUCCUAGACGAUGCUGCUAAAUGCCAGCAGAAGAUGGACGCAGCCACUGCGCUGAUCAACGGCCUCAGUGGCGAGAGAGUGCGCUGGACUGAACAGUCGGCGCUGUUCAAGUCUGAGAUUGAAAGACUGGUUGGAGAUAUCUUGUUGCUGACUGGAUUCCUGUCAUACUCCGGGCCGUUUAACCAAGAGUUCCGCGCACUGCUCAUCAGUAACUGGCUGAGUGAACUACUGCGCAGGAAAAUACCAGUGUCUAUGAACUUAAACAUCACGGACCAACUUACCGAUACGGCAACGAUUGGUGAAUGGAAUUUAUGCGGCUUGCCAACUGACGAAUUGUCAAUACAGAAUGGUAUAAUUGUGACGAAAGCCGCGCGAUACCCAUUACUUAUCGACCCUCAGACACAAGGCAAGAUAUGGAUCAAGAACACUGAGAAGUUCAACGACCUGAUCGUAACUACUCUGAACCACAAAUACUUCAGGAACCAUAUAGAAGAUUGCGUGUCUCUAGGCAGACCAAUGCUUAUAGAAGAUGUUGCAGAAGAGCUAGAUCCUGUACUAGAUAAUGUCCUCGAGAAGAACUAUAUUAAAAUUGGAUCUACAUACAAGGUGAAAUUAGGAGACAAGGAAAUAGAUGUGACGGCUGGUCAUCGAAUUUAUAUAACAACAAAACUGCCUAAUCCUGCUUACACGCCCGAGAUUUCUGCCAGAACUUCAAUCAUAGACUUUACUGUGACUAUGCAAGGUCUAGAAGACCAGCUGUUAGGGCGUGUAAUCUUAACGGAGAAGGCAGAGAUGGAAGCGGAACGAACUCAACUGAUUAAGGACGUAACCGCCAACAGGCGCAAGAUUCAGGAGUUGGAAGCGAAUCUACUGCACAAACUGACCACCAUUCAAGGGUCACUUGUGGAAGAUGUGUCCCUGAUUCAAGUGUUGAACGUCACCAAAUCUACAGCCAUUGAGGUGAAAGAAAAACUAGACGUAGCCAAGGAAACAGAGAUAAAAAUCAACGCGGCUCGCGAGGAAUACCGUCCCGUCGCCACUCGCGGCUCCGUGCUGUACUUCCUCGUCUGCAAUAUGUCUCUGGUCUGCAACAUGUACCAGACCUCGUUGGCGCAGUUCCUGGAGAGGUUCGACAUCUCUCUCGAACGGUCCCCUCAAAGUCCCAUCACUUUUAGGAGGAUCGGAUUCAUUAUUGAUUAUCUGACUUUCGAUGUAUUUAAGUUCAUAAGCCGUGGCUUCUAUGAGAAACACAAAUACUUAUUCACAGUACUGCUCACUUUGAAGAUAGACUUACAAAAGGAAUACAUUACUUUUGAAGAAUUCCAGACAUUUAUCAAAGGUGGUGCAGCUUUAGACCUGAACGCCUGUCCUCCCAAACCUUACAAAUGGGUGACAGACAUGUCUUGGUUGAACUUGGUACAACUGUCCAGUUUGCGUCAGUUCACUAACAUACUCAACCAAGUUUGUAACAACGAGAAGGGAUGGAAGUUUUGGUUCGACAAGGAGGCUCCGGAAGACGAGCCCUUGCCUGACGGCUACCAGAGUCUGGAUGUGUUCCGCAAACUCCUAGUGGUGCGAGCCUGGUCCCCUGACAGGACGCUCGCACAGAGCUUGAAAUACGUGGUCAGCUCCAUGGGGGCGCGGUACUCCGAAGCCGUUAUCGUUAACUAUGAGCAAAUGGUAUUAGAAUCACGUCCAUUGGUCCCGUUGAUUGGUUUCUUGGCUAUGGGGUCAGAUCCGACGCCCUCUAUAGAGGUGACAGCAAAGCGCUUGGAGAAUAUUUGCUCAUCCAUAUCUAUGGGACAAGGUCAGGAGAUCCACGCUAGGAAACUUAUAGAUCGUGGUCUGAAGGAGGGCCUGUGGGUGCUGCUGCAAAACUGUCACUUGGGAUUGGAGUACAUGGUAGAGGUCAUGGAACAAUUCGGCGAACUCGAGAAGGACCCAGAGCAGAUACACGAAUGUUUCAGGUUGUGGAUUACGACAGAAGUUCAUGAGAAAUUCCCUAUUACACUACUUCAGAUGUCUAUCAAGUACACCUGUGAGCCGCCUUCUGGAAUCAAAGCAGGUCUCAUGAGAACUUACGACUCGAUGAGUCAGGACUUCCUAGACUACAGCGACAGUCCUUUCUAUUUGCCUUUAAUUUACACAAUCUCUUUCCUUCACACCGUUGUGCAAGAGAGAAGGAAGUUCGGUCCUCUGGGCUGGAAUAUACCCUACGAGUUCAAUUCAGCCGACUGGCUGUCUUCUUGCAUGUUUGUGCAGAACCAUUUAGAUUCUUUGGAGCCAGGACAGUCUGUUAGCUGGACUACUGUGCGAUACAUGGUUUCGGCUGUCCAGUACGGUGGUCGAGUGACAGAUGACUAUGACACGCGGCUACUGGUCACAUUCUGCCGCGUCUGGUUCUCUGAUCAGAUAUUCUCUGAUGACUUCCAAUUCUACAAGGGUUACGGUAUCCUCAAGUAUAAGAAUAUACCAGAGUACGUGGAGGAAAUUGAUAAGAUGAAGACCGUGGAUCCACCUCAAGCUUAUGGAUUGCAUACCAAUGCGGAUAUCACUUACCAGCGGAAUACCACUCAGGAGCUCUUGGACACGAUUCUGUCCAUACAGCCGAAAGAGUCGAGUUCUGGAGGCGGGGAGACUCGAGAAGCGUCAGUGUACCGGCAGUCUAGAGAGAUGCUGGACAAAGUACCACCAGACUUUGAUCCUCAUGAAGUGCUGGCUAGGUUGAGGUUCUACGGCAUAUUGCAUUCCAUGGUGAUUUUCUUGAGACAAGAGAUCGAUCGAAUGCAGAAAGUAAUUCUCCUUGUAAGAACUACAUUGAAGGACCUACUGCUGGCUAUUGACGGCACUAUCAUUAUGAACGAGGCACUUAGGGACUCCUUGGACAAUAUCUAUGAUGCCAAGGUACCCAACAUCUGGUUGAGGAGCUCCUGGUCAUCGUCGACGCUAGGGUUUUGGUUCACGGAGUUCUUGGAGCGAACCAUACAGUUCUCGACGUGGUGCUUUCAGGCCAGACCGAAUUCCUUUUGGAUGACUGGAUUUUUUAAUCCGCAAGGUUUCUUGACGGCCAUGCGUCAGGAAGUGACGCGUGCGCACAAGGGCUGGGCUCUCGACAUGGUCACGUUGCAUAACGAUGUCACCAAAUUCACUUACGAGGAAAUUAAGACUCCACCACCGGAGGGUGUAUACAUUCACGGCGUGUUCCUGGACGGCGCGGGGUGGGACCGGCGCAACCUGCGUCUGUGUGAGUCCACCAUCAAAGUGGUGUUCACGGUGCUGCCAGUGGUCCAUGUUUAUGCCAUCAAUUCCACUGCUCCCAAGGACCCUAAGCUGUACCAGUGUCCGGUAUACAAGAAGCCUGUACGAACCGGUUUGACGUUCAUCACGCCCCUCUGGCUACCUACCAUUAAGAACCCAGACCAUUGGAUUCUAAGAGGAGUAGCUAUGUUGUGUGACAUUAAAUAACAUUACAUCUUUAUAUUAUGGCGUAUUUUGACAGAAAUGUUUACAUACACUACGUCAUUUGUAAUUAAUGUAUUGUUUGUAUACUCUUUUAAUUGUAAUUCGAUCAUGUCCCUACCAUAGAUGUGGUAUAAACGAUAGAUUGGUAAUGAGGUGUGUUAUCAAAACGUUUGUACGUCAGUGUGCGUGAAUGGGGGCAAUGCUGUGGUCAGUUAGACUGAACUGAUUCAUAUAUUUCUAAUAAAUUAUUAUUUUUCUGGGGAUAUAUGACGUCAUUAUGGUUUUAACGAGGAGGAAAGAAAGAUGAGCGUUAAUGCCAUAAUACAGGUAGGUCAAACCCUUUCUUGUAGGUCAAAUAACGUAGGUACGACAGGCAUGACGAAAACGAUCAGGUACUAGUAGGUAACUGGCAUACAUGUUGUUUGAGAAAUCUGUCAAAGAUUGGAUAAAAUAAAUUAAAAUUUAAAAGAUAAUUUACGAUUGGAUGUUACAACCCCUAUAACGUAUUGGCGUCUUGUCUAUUUAUCUUACUCGCCCGUAUGCAUCCACUAUACAUAUUUUCUUAUCUCCUUCAUAUUGCCAAUCUGUCAAACGGUGCUAAAUGCUACAUCUAUGGUGCCAACUAUACCUACAUGUACCUAAAUGACAUUUAGGUAAAAUGUCUCUCAAGUAAUUUAUUUGACCUUAUUAAUUUGCGUUUUUUAUUAUAUUGUAUUUUUCAUUAAAUAAAUAGAUUAUUUUUGAAAUACCAAC